UCGUGUAUACCUAUCUCACUGCAAAUGAAAUGGGUAACAUCCCAUUCAGUUGUCCACCUGAUUACCCAUAUAAUUCAACGAUAAUCCAAGAUGCUUGUCAAAUUCGUUCAGCAAAUCUAGUUUGCAUGUGGUUGUACUUUAUUAGUUUAGUACUUCUUAUAUUACUUGCUUGCUCUAUUAGAUCUAGGAAGACAAAUCACAAACACGGUGGCUCAUCUGCUGGUAGUGUUUUGGGAAAAGUUGAAAUGGAAGAAAUUAAGAAAGAUAAUAACUAA